AUGAAGGCGGUGAGUCCAAGUGGGUUCCAUCAUACCAUGCUCCACUUAAUCCCCGCUACCGAUAUUGAAUUUCCGUUAGGCUUGAUGAUGUCCUGUACUUCUUGCCCCUUCGUUUCCUCGCACCCUCGGUCUCUCCUCUUGGGCCAGGGCUCUUUGGCAAUGAACACGUUACUCCCAGCUUCUCCUGUGUUUGUGUCCGACAUCUCCUUCUACUCGCGGAAGCCCUGCUGCCUACCCGCUACCACCCGCGCGACCACUCCAUAG